UGUGUGAAGGCGGGGAGGAGUCGGCUCGGUUAGGCUGCUGAUUAGCAACAAACAGAAGGUUACGAGUUUAAAAAUGUGGACUAUUUGACCACCAGACUGGCUCCGCAGCAACGAGAGCGGUGUGAACUAUGUCGGGUGUCUAACCGGACCUUGUUGGCUCGCUUUUGAGGAGACCCGGCGGUGAUUUUUGCAACAUUUAGAGACAACCUCGCUUUUUUUUUUAGGUCGUUCAAAGUGGCGAUGCUGAGCUGAUAGCUGCGUCAUCAUGUUGCUUCCGACUCGAGUUGGCGAAAAGAAAUCUCAAGUUAACGCCAGAGGUGAAGCUGCCCGCCGUCAUCCAGCCCCGGAGGCCACUCCCGACCCCUGAGACAGAUGGGAAACCGGCUGAAGGCAAGACGCAGGCGGUGAAGCUUGUUUACGUGGAGGCUGUGAAACUGGGGGACUUUGCAUCACUUGGCUCGGCGCUCUUGGCGCGAUUCUCCCCCCUUGGCUGCAUUUAUUAUCUGCACUUGGAUGGACGGUCAAGUAUUUCUAUUGAUGUUGUAUAGCUGUUAAAACCGCAAAAAUUGUGCCUACGUGCCACCAGAGACGUUUCCCCAACAGAAAGUGCAGUCAUAUUAAUAUUUCAUGUAGGAUGAGGAUGUUUGCCACAACUGUUUGGAUAGUCAGAAGUGAUGCCCUCAUUGACAGCAGGACCCUCCAGUGAAAAUGCUGCUCACUCCCAUCUGAUGGUGACUGUCUUUCUUUCUUUUUUUUUUAGCUCCAGUUAAAAAAAAACGAUCUUUUACAAGCCAUAAAGACACACUUUAUGGUUAAUUUCAACUAAUUGGCUCCAUAGCCGCCCAAUGGGACACAUCAGCUCAUUAGCAGGGUGUCACAGACUGUUUGUUGGGACUUAUUGUUAGGUCGGUGGUCUGUUGUGUCCUGUCACCGCAUCCACGUGGACUUUGUAUCAGGACGGUGGGUGAAGUUUGACUGGUGGCUCCCCCGCCGUGUCCCACAAGAGGUGACUCAGCCGAGCAAAGCGGGGAGUGUUUGAAUUCUUCAGACAGGAAGACCCGGGGUCCUUCCCCAGACUGGUCAUAGUUACACUUUUUUUUUUGUUGAUCAAAUUAUAAAGCGGUUAAAAUGGCCGGCGACUGCACCCACACCAACGCGCAUUACGCGCAGGUAGAGAGGUUUUAUCCCUCCAAACAUUGGCUGGAUGGAGACAGAGACAGAGUCAGGGAGAUGGAGUCAGCCGGGAACUCGAGAGGCCGUGGACCACCUGCACGGUGGUCGCCCAACUUUGAGGUGAUUGACGGGAUGCUGUACCGUAAGAAGCUGGAAAAGGGCUUCAUCAACUACCGGGAGGUUUUGGAUGAGGACCGGCGGCAUGAGGCCAUCUCCACCUUUCACCGGCGGCGGGCGGGCCAGCGCCACCUCUCCCUGGAGGAGACCUACAAAUGCGUGGCUGAAAACUACUGGUGGGAAGGGAUGUACUUCCAGAUCAGAGACUUUGUCCUGAGCUGUCCAGAGUGUCUGAGCCAGCGCAGCAAGAAGACAAAGGAGCCGUGUGGCAGAGGAUGCGUCACAAAGACGAUGGCGUCGCACAGCGCCGACAUGCUAAGCAAGCUGAGGAGUCAGCGGGAGGCAGGGAUGUUCUGUGACAUCACCCUGCGGACUAACGGGCAAUCCUACUCGGCCCACAGAGCCGUCCUAGCAGCCGUCAGCGAUCACUUCCAGGAAAUUUUUACAGAGAUGGACUCGAAUAUGAAAGCGGACAUAGACCUCACUGGUUUCUGUGAGGACAGCCUUCUGCCUCUGCUGGAUUUCUCUUACUCCUCCACCCUGUGUGUUCGUCAGGAGGACCUACCUGAAGUCAUCACCAUGGCCCGCCACCUCGGCAUGUGGCCUGCAGUGGAAGCCUGCUCUGCUCUCAUGAAAGAACAAGAACUGCACCUCCAUCCUGGCAAGGACUUCACCUCAGCCUGUGCUGGUGCAUGCCACGAGCGUCAUAGGCAACAGAGGGAGAGCAAAAGAAAAGGGGUUUUGAGAUUGGAGGACGACAUGAACAACAGCUUCAAUUUAAUGCUGGAUGCAUCAGAUGAGUCUUUAGAAGGAAGUCCAAGGCGCAAUUUGCGCAGAACGCCAAAAUCCCGAGGUCAUAAUGGCCUCCCUCUGAGUCCGUCACACAGGAUGAAGCUCAUGGACUUCAAAUCUCCUUCCUCCAAGAAGGCCGCUGCACUUCGAAGUGCCAUAGCCACCUCACAGUCACAGAACUACUCACCCAUGUCUCCAUCAAACACCCGUCUACUGCGCUCUACUCCUGGAGCUGCACAGGAGGUUCAGAGAUUGCUGCCCAUGUCAGAAAGGCCGCGACGAAACAGAAAGUCUCACUCCAUCACACAGCUUUCCUGCGCCUCCAGAUCGAGGCCGAACACAGUUUGUAGCCCCGUAAGAGUAAAGCAGGAAGAGGUGGAGGUUGUAGAGGAUGAAGAGGAUUAUGCACGAGCACAGGAGAAGUACAAGCUGAUGAAUGUUCUUGGGCUACAGAGGACCGCCCUCCUCCCCAGACCAGAAGAUCUGAUUGGCUGGAGACAGAAGAAACGACUCAGGAAGCUGAAGGCCAACAACUAUUCACUGACAAAGAGGCGGAAACCCCGCUCCGUCUCCCCGGCACUACCAUAUACACUGUCACUUCCGCUCUGUGACCCCCUCAACACUCGCCUCCUCAACAAGUCAGUGAAGAGCAAGCCUGUGGUUCCAGUCAGCAAAGAGCAGAUAACACCUAAGAGGCAAAAGACCACCCCAAAACAUGUCCCUCCAAGCGACAGGAGCAUGCGCAGUAAAGGGGUCCUACCAGACAUGUUCCAGCCUGCGUCCAGGCCUGGCUUCGGGGGAAGAGAACUCAGACGGUCAGUGAGGAACGGAGACAGCGCCCACCUUCCUGUCCAGCAGCCGCUGCGACGCAACACCAGCAAAACUCUAGUGAGAAACACGGUCAGGAUAAAAACAGAACCAGCUGAAUACUCUAUCUCAGGUCUUCCAUCAAACAAGCACCGUGGCCACACACCUUAUAGAUCCACCCCUCCACAGAGGACACAGGCCAGAAAUAAGAUCACGGUAGAGACGGUGAGAACGCUGCGUUACAACAGUGGCCGACCAGCGACAAAGGCCAAGCUCAGGCGGGGCUCCACAAGAGAUGUGGAGAAGAUGAAGUGUAAGCCCAGAGAGGAGGGCAGGAAGGAUGGGAGCCAGGGGCUGAGGGGGGUCAUGGACACCGGACCCAAAGUAACGGAUAAUGAACCUGGCGGGCUCCAGUUAUCAGAGCAUGCUCCACCACCGUCCAUCUACAACCACCCUCUGUAUAAAGUCAUUAAAGAGGAGCCAGCAGAACUCGUGCCAGUUGGACCUUUCCCCGAUCCUCCCUCACCAGACCUGGGCAAGCGCCAGAGCAAGCCCCCCAUCAAAUUACUGGACUCAGGCUUUCUGUUCAGCUUCUGUCGGCCAGCAGGGGCGCCCAUGGCAGUACUAAAGAAAGAGGAGGAGAGCGUGGAUAUCUGCUUAACGCGCUCUGUGUCACAAGUUGGGAAGAAAUUUGGAGCAGAAGAGCCCCACCACAGGGCACUGAGAGCCAGAGGACCACCCACCCUGCCUGUGGUGAAGAAGGAGAGAGAGGAGAGGAGUGUGAGCCAAAGCAGGGUUCAGAGAACCAGGACAAACUCCCGGAACAAUAGUCAUCAUCUGGCCAAAUCUAGCAAGUCAAAGGCCACACGGACCAUGCCAAAGCAGCAAGGUAAACUCCUUGCGAGAGGAAGGAGCUGCGUCAUGUUGGACUCUGUUCGUCGAGCAAGGUUGAAGCAGCUACGGGGACCUCGUAGUCAGGCCCCCAAGGUCCCGAAGUCGGCCCACACCUGCCCGCAGUGCCCAGCCUCCUACAGGGACUGUGAUGCUCUAAUCAUGCAUCGCCUCAGGCACAUCGAGGGCAAGCACUGGCCAUGUCCGCUCUGCAGUAAGACGUUCUUUCGACUGAGGAAUGUACGGAACCACAUCCGCACCCAUGACCCCAAGUUGUACAAAUGCCGGAGCUGCAUUGUCGCUGGUUCCUGAGGAGAGUUUGCCAGCUGGAGGGUCUGCUCAAGCAGCGAGACUGAGGAUGAAGUCUGAGUGUCUCACACCAGCGAACAGGCUGAAGAGAAGAGGCACAUGAUCGAUCAGCAGCUUGUACAUAAUGGAUCUGUCAUACACAAGCACAGCAGUCUGUGGGAAGGCAUAAUCUCUCUGAUUCUAAUCAUUGCCGUUGUCAAUGAUCGCUAAUGUUAUUUAAAUAACCAAACCAAGGUUGCUGUUCCUGUUUGCGUUUCCGUAGCUACAAAAGGUUAAACUUGAACAUUACACUCAGGGGGGGGGUCAGGGAAUGUGAUGCCACGGUAUAAAGUGAUUAAACAUCACGGUUGUGUAUAAAAUGAAAUGUAAAGUGAUUGUUUUAACUAUUACUGCUACGUAUUGUUAUCAUUAUUUUUCUAUGUAUAGAUGAAUUUUGAGUGCACUUAUAGCUUAUGUUGUUAACCUAAGAGGUGGUAAUGACUUUGAAGGUUUGGAGUCCACGGCGGGAAUACUUGAAGUGAUACAAGCGUCAGAGGGAAUGCUUGAAGCUGUCUUAGGAGUGUUCUUUGGGUGUUUCAGUGGGUCUUUGUCCUUUUUGGUGUGCUAACUUUUAAACGACCGGUCUCUCCCUCUUUCCGUAUUGAUCUGCUAGUCUCACAUAAUCCAUGAGUUUGCAAUUUGUCUGGGGGCUGUUACGACGACACCACCGCACGUGUAUUUGCAAGCCAUUUGUAGAUAACCGUCUUUUUCUAAGGCUGCCAAUUUUAAAAAGGGAAACAAGUCUCAUUUUUAAUGUGAAUUUCUAAACGGUAAUCACCACAACGGCAUCAUUACAGGUAUUUUAUUGAUCUCUUCUUCCACUUUAAUCCACAAGAACACACUCAUCGUCUUGUUCUACUUCAAAUUCCCCUCCUACUGAAUAAAUGCAAUGUGUGCACAUAAAGAGAUGUUUAUGGUUCACAAACUGAUUUUUCGAAAUAAAUGAGCUGUCUCGCUAUCUGUUAAAAGACUGAAUAAAUUUUUGGCUUUUA